AUGUCGUCGGGCGAGAAGCAAAUUUUUGAGACCUCAGCUCUCCAGGCCGGUCCCUACCCAGACAACCCGACCUCGGACAAGACCGGUGCAAAUCCAACUUCAAGCUCCGGACUACGGCAACGUGUGCAUCUUGUCACCAAGCAAGAUAUCGACGACACGACGCUCUUUUACAACAGCCACAAGGAUGGCGUCGAGCCCAUCAAGCCAGAUGAAGAAAGACGUUUGAACCGGAAGAACUUUUGGUUCUUGCUCAUGCAGACUUGGUGGGUGGCCUUCUUGAUUCACCUUGACAAGUCUACCCUGUCUCAGGCCAGUACCAUGGGUAUUUUCCGCGACGUGAAAAUGAGCAAGAGCGAGUACAACGAUUUGUUUGUUCUAUUUUACGCGGGCUAUCUUAUUGCCCUGUGGCCGGGUGCUGCUCUUGCGCAGCGAGUUGGACACAAGCAAUUCAUCACGGGCUCCUUGUUGCUUUGGGCUCUGCUUCUUGGUAUGCAUCCGCUGGUCAAGACGGGCAAACAGAUGAUGGGGCUACGAUUUAUCCUCGGCAUGACGGAAUCUCAAAUCGUCCCGUCGACCACGGUGCUGCACCAAGCUUUCUUUCCCCCGAAAAAGAGUCCAUGGGUCCAGCUACUCUGGUGGGCGUCUGGCAGUUUCGCCAAUGUUCUCUUGACCAUGGUCGCUUACAAACUCAUCAUUGACGAUCAAGCUGGGGGCCUUGCUGGGGGGAUUCCUUCGUGGAAGUGGCUCCAUAUCAUUUGUGUCGUCUUGACUUUUCUUGUCGCAGUGCCUCUCGUCAUUUUCCUGCCCAACAACCCAUCCGAGGCCAAGUGGCUCACGACCAAGGAAAAGGUGCAAACGAUUAGAAUCAUUCGAGAGACUCACUCGGGUAUUUCCAACAAGUCCUUCAAGUGGUAUCAAGUGCGUGAGUGUUUUACCGACGUCAAGAGCUGGUUGUUCAUCAUUCACAUGUUCUUCAACGAGUUGCCAAAUAAUACUUCGCAGCAGUUGCCACUCAUUCUUGUUGGCUUUGGAUUCACCCCGGCCCAAAGUGCCUUGUUCAACAUUGCCAAGCCUCUUUGGGGAUCAUUCCUGAUUCUGGUUUCCGCAGCAAUGCUCUAUGGUACAGAGCUUGGCGUAGGGUACACCUGCGCCAUUUCUUACAUACCUUGCUUCGUAGGAGGCAUCAUAAUGGUGAGUGCUCCCAUCAACCGGGGGGAUGAGCGUCGAGGACUAACGGCGCCCAAGGUCUCUGCGCCGUGGUCGAACAAGAUAGCGCUCGUCGUGGGAACGCAAAUCUCAACGUUCAAGCCCUCGUACCUUUUGGGCUUGUCGUGGGCAGGAACUACCACCAUUGGGUAUACCAAGAAGCUGUGUUUGAUGUCUACAUGCAUUGUCGCGGCAUCUGUCGCCAACAUGAUAUCGCCCGAAUUCUGGCAGGAGCAAUACAAGCCUCGAUACCUUCUUCCUUGGGCAUUCAUGACGGCAUUCUGGCUCAUCUCACCAAUCAUGUGUCUGAUCAUCCGAUGGUAUCUUAGCAAUCAGAACAAAAAGCGCGCGAGAAAACUCGAGGAGAAUCGAGACAGUGACUCGGAAGUUGAGGGCCUGGAAAUUGGCAGCGAGAUUUUGCAGUUGAAUGACCAGGAUCUGGAUCUGACUGAUAGGCAAAACUUGCGCUUUGUCUACCCGCUUUAG